AUCUCAAUUUUGGUUGGGCGAUGGAACCUAUGCGGCUUGCCUUGUCACAAUUUCGCGAACAACUGGGAGGGAGGGGAAAGUUAAUGUAACCCAACGCUAUAAAGACCUGAGAGUCCCUCAGGCCACAGCUCAGCAAUCUCGAUUCUCAAUUGCUCCGCCCAUUCUCUCCCUCUGCUAUUUAGUUCUUUUCUAUAAAAUUCCCAUCGCUCCUUUCUCUCCUCAUUUCCAUCUUCGAUCCCCUUUCUGAUUUAAUGGCGACCCUUCUUCAGGGUGUGGCUGUUGCUUCCGCUUUCUCUGCUUCAAGCUCACCUGACUCCAAGAAAUUUGGGCUCUUUUCUCCAAGAUCCCACUCAGGGAGGAAAUCUGGCAUUUUUGCAGUCAGAUCUGAUGCGAGUUUGAACCUCAAUGAGGGAGCUCGUAAGGCCGAACGCUUGAUUGCCAAUGCAGUUGCAACUAAAGGAGAUGGUUCUGCGGCUUCUACAUCAUCGAAACCUGGACAUGAACUUCUCCUUUUUGAAGCCUUACGUGAAGGUUUGGAAGAAGAAAUGGAAAGGGAUCCCACUGUAUGCGUCAUGGGUGAAGAUGUAGGUCACUAUGGAGGAUCUUACAAGGUGACUAAAGACCUGGCCAAAAAGUUUGGUGACUUGAGGGUUCUGGACACCCCUAUUGCUGAGAACUCCUUCACAGGGAUGGGUAUUGGGGCUGCCAUGACUGGUCUGAGGCCAGUUGUGGAGGGCAUGAACAUGGGAUUUCUUCUUCUGGCAUUUAACCAGAUUUCCAACAAUUGUGGCAUGCUCCAUUACACUUCCGGAGGUCAGUUCAAAAUACCAAUUGUUAUCCGUGGACCCGGUGGAGUUGGGCGUCAAUUAGGGGCGGAACACUCCCAGAGACUGGAGUCAUAUUUUCAGUCAAUCCCUGGAAUCCAGAUGGUGGCUUGCUCAACCCCUUACAAUGCCAAGGGUUUGAUGAAAGCUGCUAUUCGUAGCGAGAAUCCUGUGAUACUGUUUGAGCAUGUUCUGCUUUAUAACCUCAAGGAGAGAAUUCCAGAUGAAGAGUAUGUAUUGUCGCUUGAAGAAGCUGAGAUGGUCAGGCCAGGGGAGCAUCUAACCAUAUUGACCUAUUCCAGGAUGAGGUAUCAUGUAAUGCAAGCUGCCAAGACAUUGGUGAAUAAGGGGUAUGAUCCUGAAGUAAUUGAUAUCAGAUCUUUGAAACCAUUUGAUCUCUACACAAUAGGGAAUUCAAUCAAGAAGACACACCGUGUGCUAAUCGUGGAAGAGUGCAUGAGGACAGGUGGAAUUGGUGCUAGUUUGACCGCUGCCAUCAACGAAAAUUUCCAUGAUUAUUUGGAUGCUCCUGUUGUAUGUUUAUCCUCUCAGGAUGUGCCAACCCCAUAUGCUGGGACAUUGGAGGAAUGGACUGUCGUUCAACCUGCGCAGAUUGUGACAGCAGUUGAGAAGCUCUGCGAGUAAUUGCUACAAUUAUACGAGCAGAACCUUCAUUAUGGUUUUCUUCUCUUCUCCUUUUCUGAAACUGUUAGUUUAGCAUCGGAGUUUCAUUUAGUUCUGCAUCAUUGAUAUAUAGUGUGUAAGAACUUGGUAAGCACAAUAGUUUGUGAUUGCCUAUAAUUCUUGUUAUUUAUUUGAGUGCUUUUGCAUUCAAUUCAAAGAUUCACAUUCACAGGCAAGUGCGGGGCAAUGUUGAUCCAACAUAGUGAAAGUGACUGCACACUCAGACAGUUAUUUCA